UGGUUGUGCAGACGACAGGCACCUUACUCUGAUUCGGUGUGUUGUCCAUCCUCAAGAACGAUAUAAGAUUGAUGAAAUGUUUGCUUCAUACUCAAGAUUUCUGAGAAGCUUCAGAGAUGCCAAAAAAAUUGUUUCCAGUACGUCAUUUUAUAGGCAAGAAACUACAGUUGCGUCAGAAAAAAGUGAAUGCAACAUUAAGUCUUUCGAUUCCAUUCCUGGUCCACGUAGAUUGCCUCUUAUAGGGCACCUACAUUUGUUCAGCAAGUUUGGACCAUACUCUUUUGAUAAGCUGUAUGACGCUUAUGAAGAUUUGUAUAAAUUAUAUGGACCUAUAGUACGACUGGAUGUUGGAAUAUCAUUGGUUCUGCUCUUCCGCCCGGAGGAUAUCCAGCAAGUAUUGGCUUUGGAUGGUCGGUAUCCCCAAAGACCAAUUUUUGAGGCUUUGCGAUUCUACAGAUCGAAAAAGAAGGACACUUACUCAUCAGCUGGUCUUGUCGGGGAAAAUGGCCAUGAAUGGCGUCGACUUCGAGAAGCCAUUAAUUUUAUGAUGAGACCUCAUUUUGCUCAAUUAUAUUUGCCUGCGCAAACCGAGAUUGCACAGGACUUUGUUAAUAGAAUAAAACUUGUCAAAGAUGCAGACGGACAUAUUCCUGAUUUUUUACAAGAAAUUUAUCGAUUUACGGAGGAAGCUAUUGGUUUCGUGUGUUUCGGAACGCGUCUUGGACUUUUGAACCAGGCUCUCACCGACAACAGCGCCCAGCUGUCCAAAGCAGCGGAUGACACCAUGCAGGCUCUUGCUGACACUCUUUUGGGGUUCCCAUGGUGGAAAAUAUUCAACACUCCUACUUACAAAAAGCUUGCACAAUCGCAGGACUUUUUCCACAAUUUCGCAUCAAAAUGUGCCAAAGAAGCUGCUGAAAGAAUUAAGCACCACAAUUCCGAUGACGUCAGUUUAGAAUUCUUCAAACGCCUUUUCACAGAAAAUAAACUAAAUUCGAAGGACGUAAGUCUUCUCAUGACAGAAAUUUUUUCAGCAGGCAUAGAUGCAACAGGAAACGCCAUUGGAUUUUUGCUCUAUGAUCUGGCACAAAAUCCAGAAGUUCAACAAAAGUUAUUCGAAGAAAUUGAACGCUAUGCGCCAUGUGGACAGGAGAAGAUGCAGGACACUGUGGAAAAUAUGAAAUACUUGAAUGCAUGCAUUAAAGAAUCUUACAGACUGCACCCAACAUCAGGUGGAACUGCAAGAAUAUUGAAUGAAGAAACAGUUCUUUCAGGCUAUUACAUACCAAAAAACACCUUGUGCGUCGGACCACAUCCAAUAAUAAGUCGUCUCCCGGAACAUUUUACAGAUCCACUGAAGUUCAAACCGGAACGAUGGGUGGAUGAACACAGUCGGCGAAUCGGGAAUGUAGCUCACCCUUACUGCGUUCUGCCUUUUACUCAUGGAGUCAGAAGAUGUGUUGGACAGAGAUUUGCCGAACAAGAGAUUCGAUUAUGUAUUAUAAAGGUCAUACAGAACUUUGAAGUGACUUAUAAUGGCCCCGAAGUAGGAAGAAAGAUGCGGAUGUUAUUGAUACCAGACAAACCACUCAACUUUACCUUCACUGAUCGACUGCGCAUCAAAUAAAUGUUUCAAGCGACCAUAUGAAAGCAUCAUAAAGUAAGCAAAUCUAUGCAGUAUAUCAAAAAUGAAAGUUUUUGCAUCAUCUGUAAUGUGUCAUUAUCAAAAUAUG